AUGCCCACCUCAUCUCCUCCUCCUGCUGCUUCCCCUUCACCUACCUCUCCAGAGUCCUAUUCUUCGUCAGACGACCACCAUGGGCCGACACAGGGGACUCGAGGAGCCCGAAACAAACAAGCAAAGAGCCCACAGGAUGUGGCCAAAACUCUUCCGCUCCAGCCCUAUGAGCCAAUGAUUGACAACGGCCACAGAGGAGAAAUGCCAACACUCCAGUAUUGGCCAUUCUCUACUUCAGAUUUGUAUAACUGGAAAAAUAAUAGUCCCCCUUUUUCCAAGGACCCUUCUAGGUUAACGGCGCUGUUAGAGUCGCUCAUGUACUCUCAUCAGCCCACUUGGGAUGACUGCCAUCAAUUGUUGGGUACUCUAUUUACCCAAGAAGAAAGGAGGAUCCUCACAGAGGCCAGGAAAUUGGUUCCCAGACUGGGUGGUGUUCCAACUCAGAUGCCAAACCUCAUUGAUGACGCCUUUCCCCUGCGCCGCCCAGACUGGGAUCCAAAUACUCCUGAAAGUAAGGAGCAUCUGUCCAUCUAUCGCCAGACUCUUAUGGCGGGUCUCAAGGCGGCCGCGUGCCAACCAACCAAUUUGGCUAAGGCAAGAGAGAUUAACGGGCCUGAUGAAUCGCCUUCAGCAUUCCUAGAGAGGAUAAUGGAGGCUUAUCGCAGACACACUCCCUUUGACCCUCAGGAUGAGGGGUUGCGAGGGUCAGUUGCUAUGACUUUUAUAACCCAAUCAGCUCUAGAUAUUAGAAAAAAGCUCCAACGUUUAGACGGGUUACAGAAUUCUACUUUAAGAGAUUCGGUGAGGGAAGCUGACAAAGUGUUUUAUAAGAGAGAAGAAGAAGAAGAAGAAGAAGAAGAAGAAGAAGAAGAAAGAGAGAAAAGAACACUAGAGAGGGAAAGAGAAAGGGACCGGAGAUGUAGUAAGGAAUUAACUAAAAUCUUGGCUACAGUAGUACAGGGAAAUGCAGAUGAGAAAAAGCCAUGCUGCCCUUUGUUAAAGCCCAACCAAUGUGCCUACUGUAAAGAGAUUGGACAUUUCGUCAAGGAAUGCCCAAGAAGGCCAAACAAGCAGCCCCAAAAGAGCCAACCGACAAUGUUGGCCCUGGAAGGAAAUGAUGUGGGGGGACGGGGCUCGGUUCCCCUCCCCGAGCUCAGGGUAACCUUUGAUGUGGAGGGGACUCCAAUUGAUUUUGAAGUGGACACGGGUGCGGUGUUCUCUGCCCUUCAAAAACCUCUUGGACCUCUGUCCAGUCGAAGGACCUUGGUCCAGGGGGCAAACGGCAGUAGAUACUGGACAUGGACUACAAAGAGAACUAUGGAUUUAGGAAAAGGAAAAGUACAACAUUCUUUUCUUGUCAUACCUGAAUGCCCAGCUCCCCUCAUGGGAAGAGAUUUGUUAACUAAAUUAAGGGCCAGGAUAACCUUUGAGCCUCAGGGGCCCCAGGUAACCUUCCUUAACCCACUGGUACAUCGGCCUACGGCAGCUAUGUUAACCAUGGCCACCGAGGAUGAAUACCAACUCUAUAUACAACCUAAAGUCCCAUCCAUCUCUCAAAAUUGACUGACAGAGUUUCCCGACUCAUGGGCUGAAACUGCUGGAUUGGGACUUGCUGUCUCCCAACCGCCUAUAGUCAUAACUUUGAAGGCAUCGGCUACUCCAGUCUGCAUUAAACAAUAUUAUUUAAGCAAGGAAGCUCACCAGGGAAUAAAAAGACACAUACAAAAAUUCCUUGACCUAGGAGUACUAAUACCAUAUCGGUUGACCUGGAAUACUCCUUUGCUGCUGGCCAAAAAGCCCGGGACUGGGGAUUACAGACCAGUACAAGACCUACGAGAAGUAAAUAACAGAGUAGAAGACAUACACCCCACGGUGCCUAAUCCGUACAACUUGCUCAGCACCCUGAGCCCUGAAAGGCCUUGGUAUACAGUGUUAGACCUAAAAGAUGCCUUCUUUUGUCCCUUACAUAAAGAUAGCCAACCCCUGUUUGCUUUUGAGUGGACAGACCCAGAUACAGGAACAAUAGGACAGUUGACGUGGACUCGUCUUCCACAGGGGUUCAAAAAUAGCCCCACUAUCUUUAAUGAAGCCCUCCACAGGGACCUGGCUACCUUCCGGGGAACUGCGGGGUUCUGUCGCCUCUGGAUAGCAGGUUUCGCUUCUUUGGCUGCUCCUAUCUAUCCUCUCCUUAAAGGGGAGGCCGCCUUCAUCUGGGGCCCGGACCAACAACAGGCCUUUGACGAGAUCAAAAGGGCCCUACUGUUGGCCCCAGUCUUGGCCCUCCCCGAUGUGGACAAGACUUUCACCCUCUACAUAGAGGAAAGGCAAGGCAUUGCACGAGGAGUCUUAACUCAGACCUUCGGCCCCUGGAAACAACCUGUGGCUUACUUGUCAAAGAGGCUAGACUCUGUAGCCAGCGGGUGGCCACAUUGUUUAAAAGCCAUCGCAGCCGCUGCUAUAGUAACCAAAGACGCAGACAAAUUAACUUUGGGACAGCUGACUAUCAUAGCUCCACACACUCUGGAGAGUGUUAUUCACCAACCUCCAGAUAGAUGGCUCUCCAACGCCAGGAUUACUCACUACCAAAGCCUCCUGCUAAAUAAGGACUGGAUAUCAUUCGGUCCACCCACUACUCUCAACCCAGCCACCCUGCUGCCCAAAGAGAUGUCAGAACCAGUCCUCCACACCUGCCAAGAGGUCCUGGCAGAGGAGACUGGAAUCCACCGAGACCUCACUAACCUGCUGCUUCCAGAUGCUGAGGUAACUUGGUACACGGAUGGCAGCAGCUUCCUGCUGGAUGGUAAGAGACAUGUGGGAGCCACGGUUACUGAUGGGACUCGAGUUAUCUGGUCAUCAGGACUACAAGAAGGCUCUUCUGCACAGCGGGCAGAACUAAUUGCCCUUACUAAGGCUCUAGAACUGGCUGAGGAAAAGAGAGCGACUAUCUACACUGACAGCCACUACGCUUUCGCCACGGCACCUGUUCACAGAGCUAUCUAUCAACAAAGAGGGCUCCUUACCUCAGCAGGAAAAGAAAUAAAAAAUAAACAAGAAAUACUUAGACUUUUGUCAACUAUCAUGUUGCCACAAAAGUUGGCUAUAGUACAUUGCAACAGCCAUCAAAAGGGCUCUAGCCCCAUUAUAAAAGAAAACAACCCUGCUGAUAAAACUGCUAGACAAGCUGCCCUAGACACUCCUACUGUCCUAACCCUAGAGACAGCCGAGCCACCUGAACUGCCUACACCCCCCCACCUAAUGGAGGAACCAGAGCUCCAAACUUACUUCCAACAGGUUCAUAAGUUAACUCAUUUGUACAUCAAAAAGCUUUGCCUCCUGUCCCAAUAUCAAAACACCAGCGAGCUCCCGCUAUCCAAAAUCUAUAAACUGGCCAAACAAAUUGUUGAGAACUGUAAAACUUGUCAGCUCGUUAAUUCACAUCCCUCUAAAUCUAUAAAAGGAACGAGACUACGGGGAGAACGGCCCAGAUAACAUUGGGAAAUAGAUUUCACUGAAAUAAACCCCACUAAAUACGGACUCAAAUAUUUACUAGUUUUUGUAGACACUUUUUCAGGAUGGACUGAGGCCUUUCCCACCAAGCGGAAAACGGCACAAGUAGUGGUCAAAAAGUUGACGGAAGAGAUUUUUCCUCGGUUUGGCAUGCCAAAGGUAAUUGGGUCUGACAAUGGGCCGGCAUUCCUCGCACAGGUAAGUCAGGGAGUAGCCAAGGUGAUGGGGAUUGAUUGGAAAUUUCAUUGUGUCUAUAGACCCCAAAGUUCAAAACAGGUAGAAGGGAUGAACAGAACAAUAAAAGAGACCUUAAGAAAAUUAGUCCAAGAGACUGGCUUUAAAGAUUGGACCAUGCUCCUGCCUUACGCCCUAUUCUGGGCUAGAAACACUCCAAUGACUAAGCCUCCUAACCUAACUCCGUUCGAGAUCCUACAUGGUACCCCACCCCCAAUUUAGAUCACAGCCCUUGGCCUAAAGACUUAAGAAUGCCUCACAUCCCUCUAGCUGAUAGACUCUUUGAGCCAUCUCUCCAGCCCCCAGCGUGUCUUAUGGAGUCAAUUGUCUGCUGCCUAUCAGCCCAGUGACGGACCAACACCUCAUAACUUCCAUAUAGGAGACUACGUGUUCGUCCACCGACACCAGAUCGAAACCCUACAACCCCGCUGGAAGGGACCUUAUCAGGUACUGUUAACUAACCCCACUGCAGUCAAAGUUGAUGGCAUCGCUUCCUGGAUCCACGCGUCUCAUCUCAAGCCUGCUCCCCCGCCGUCCGACCAUGAAUGACUGGAAAAGACUGAUAAUCCUCUUAAGGUUCGGGUUGUAAGACUACUGGCCCAAGACCCAAUUAGAGAAAAUAACCCCAAUCCCCACCAACCGUGGAAAUGGAGCCUUAUAAGAUGGGAAGACACCACUCUGAUAAAAACAUGGACCGGACCUGGAUCUCCCCCGUUCCGGGUGCUCAUCUGCCAGUUAACUGUUAUAACUCCUUGUACACGUAAUGUCAAACUGAUGAUUAUUCGACAACAAUAUGAGGCCCUAACCACCAACAACUCAGAUCUCUAG